ACCAAUUCUCUCUUAUCUUUAUGCACAGAGAGGAGAGGAGAAGAGAAGAGAAGAGAAGAGAACAACCCAUCACUAUCAAUGCCGGAGUAAACAAAACUAAAAUUAUGCCAUCUAGACAAACGCCGGCGGUGGCAGCGCCGCCUCCCUACCAUCGCCGCCCUUCUCGCAUCCACCUCGCAUUUAUUCUUAUAGGAGUUCUUUUAUUUGCGAUUAUUUCGCUUCUCGUUUUUGUUUUUUUCUUGUAUCGGAAACUCUCCCGCAACCGUACUGCCCCAACUGAUUCCAGAUCUCCCAAUCACCAUCUGCAAAUUAGGAGAUUUUCGUAUUCGCUCCUCCGGCGUGCAACCGCAUCAUUCUCGCCGUCGUGUAGACUAGGACAUGGGGGAUUCGGUUCGGUAUACAAGGCUUCUCUUCCGUCCGAUCGAGCAGUUGCCGUCAAGCUCAUGGACCCCAACGGUUCUCUUCAGGGGGAGAGAGAGUUUCACAAUGAGCGCUCUCUUGCUUCGUCUUUUCACUCUCCCUACAUUGUCUCCCUCCUCGGAUACGCAUCUCACCGCCGCAAGCUCCUCCUCGUCUAUGAGCUUAUGGAGAAUCGCAGCCUCCAAGACGCCUUGUUGGAUCGUAAGUGCCCCGAGCUCAUGGGCUGGACUGUGCGAUUCCGUUUAAUACUCGACAUUUCAAGGGGUCUAGAGUAUCUCCAUCACUAUUGUACUCCUCCUGUGAUCCAUGGAGACAUCAAGCCGAGUAAUAUCUUGAUUGAUUGUGAUUUCAAAGCCAAAAUUGGGGAUUUUGGUCUUGCCAGAGUGAAGAGUGAGGAUCUGGUGGAGGAGAGGAAGGAAGCUGUCGGUGGAGAAGAUAACGGGUCGAUUUUGGAGGAGACGGAGAGUGUAGUUACAGGGUAUGAGGAGAGUGCGGUGGUUGCCACUGAUCGCUCGCCGGAGAGUUUUGCACUUAGGGUUUUGGAUUCCGAGGCAUCACCGGAUACUGCCCUGGCCUUGUCUCCGGAAUUGGGGGUCGAUAAAGGGAGUGUCUCGGAUGCUUGUUUCGAUAAGGCCAGUGUUGAUAGUGGCAAAGAUUUGGUUAGUGGUGGAAAGAAAGGUGGUUCUAGGAGAGAUUGGUGGUGGAAACAGGACAAUGGAGGAGAAUCCGAAUCGGGGCGAGUGAAGGACUAUGUUAUGGAGUGGAUUGGAAGUGAAAUCAAGAAGGAGAGACCUAAGAGUGACUGGAUUGCUUCAGCUAGCAGUUCUAAAAUUGAAAACAAGAAGCGUAGGAAAAAAUUAGAAUGGUGGGCAGCAUUGGAUGAAGAGAGGAUUCAAAAGAAAGAGAAGUACAGAAAGCCCAGGGAGUGGUGGAAGGAAGAGUUUUGUGAGGAGCUCACAAAGAAGAAAAAGAAGAAAAGAGGACUUAGCGGUGGAGGAGACGCAUGGUGGCAAAAGGAUGAUGAUGUAGUCGAGGCGAGGAAGAAAAAGAAGAGCAGGAGUAGCAGGGGAAGCAUUGAUUGGUGGUUGGAUGGUUUUAGCGGUGAAUUUCGAAAUGGCAGAAGAAAUAGCCAAGAUUGGGCAAGUGGAGAAAUACCCAAGAGUGGUGGUAUUAGUAGCACACCGAGUAUGAGAGGAACGGUAUGUUACAUUGCCCCUGAAUAUGGUGGCGGCGGCCUGCUUUCAGAGAAAUGUGAUGUGUAUAGCUUUGGUGUUCUGCUUUUAGUUGUAGUUUCUGGAAGAAGGCCUCUUCAAGUAACUGCAUCCCCAAUGUCAGAAUUCGAAAGGGCGAAUUUGAUAUCAUGGGCUAGGCAACUGGCUUACAAUGGGAAGCUUUUGGAUCUUGUUGAUCCUUCCAUUCAUUCAUUGGAUAAACAACAGGCAUUGCUCUGUAUUACUAUUGCACUACUCUGUUUGCAGAGGUCACCAAGCAAGAGGCCUACAAUGAAAGAAAUUGUUUGUAUGCUUUCCGGCGAGGCUGAGCCACCCCACUUACCUUUUGAAUUUUCGCCAUCGCCACCGUCAAAUUUCCCAUUUAAGUCCCGGAGGAAGGCACGGUGAGUUUGUUUCAUUGAUGUUUCAUUAACUGUAGGGUGUGAAAUAUUGUAGGGCACUUCUAAUCCUUAUGUUUUGUAGAAUGUAACGCAAAAAUGAGGUGAGGAAAGACAGCAUGAUUACAUAAAUUUCACUAAUUCGGGCUCUAAUCUGUUAGUGAUAUUUGCUCAACGUUAACCUUACCUUUCGAAGAGUGAUGAUUUUAGGCACAAUUUGACCUUGUUGCACAGAUUGUUAUUGAACUUUAGGAAUCCCAGUAUUUCGGUAAAUGUAAAGAUAUGAUGAUGAUGAUAUUUACUUUUGCUUUUCAAGUG